CUUUGCUUUGGACCACCACAGCUACUCCACUCCACAACACCUUUCCAUCACCGCAAAGAUGCUGAAGAACGGCAUCGCUCGGUCGCUGCGCGCCUCGGCCUUCCGCCCUGCUCUUCGCCAGCAGGCCCUCAAGCCAAAGAGCUUCGUGCCUGCCAUCUCACAGCGAUUCGCCUCGAGCGACUCUGCCCGUGAUGGCAAGGUUCAUCAGGUCAUUGGUGCCGUCGUGGACGUGAAAUUCCCAACCGAUCAGCUCCCACCGAUUCUCAACGCUCUCGAGGCAACAAACGGCGGACAGAAGCUAGUCUUGGAGGUCGCGCAACAUCUUGGCGAGAACGUCGUGCGAUGCAUUGCCAUGGACGGAACUGAGGGUCUCGUCCGUGGACAAACUGCCACCGACUCUGGCAACCCAAUCUUGAUCCCAGUCGGCCCAGGUACUCUUGGCCGUAUCAUGAACGUCACUGGUGACCCAAUCGACGAGCGUGGACCCAUCAAGCACGAGAAGAAGCUUCCUAUCCACCAGGAGCCUCCGGAGUUCGUCGACCAAUCUACAUCCGCAGAGGUGCUCGUCACCGGUAUCAAGGUCGUGGAUCUGCUCGCCCCAUACGCCCGUGGUGGUAAGAUUGGUCUUUUCGGCGGUGCUGGUGUCGGAAAGACUGUGUUCAUCCAGGAGCUCAUUAACAACAUUGCUAAGGCUCACGGUGGUUACUCUGUCUUCACUGGUGUCGGCGAGCGUACUCGUGAGGGUAACGACUUGUACCACGAAAUGCAGGAAACUGGUGUCAUUCAGCUCGAGGGCGAGUCCAAGGUCGCCCUGGUGUUCGGUCAGAUGAACGAGCCUCCCGGAGCCCGUGCCCGUGUUGCUCUUACUGGUCUGACUGUCGCCGAAUACUUCCGCGACGAAGAAGGACAGGAUGUGCUUCUUUUCAUCGACAACAUCUUCCGUUUCACCCAGGCUGGUGCUGAGGUGUCUGCUCUCCUCGGUCGUAUCCCAUCUGCCGUCGGUUACCAGCCAACUCUUGCCAUCGACAUGGGUGGUAUGCAAGAGCGUAUCACAACCACCAAGAAGGGAUCCAUCACAUCUGUGCAGGCCGUGUACGUGCCAGCUGACGAUUUGACUGAUCCUGCUCCUGCCACCACCUUCGCUCACUUGGACGCCACCACUGUGCUUUCCCGUGGUAUCUCUGAGUUGGGUAUCUACCCUGCUGUCGACCCUCUGGAUUCCGCCUCUCGUAUGCUUGACCCACGUAUCAUCGGACAGGACCACUACGACACUGCUCUGAAGGUGCAGCAAAUGCUCCAGGAGUACAAGUCUCUCCAGGAUAUCAUUGCCAUUCUGGGUAUGGACGAACUUUCGGAAGCUGACAAGCUUACUGUCGAGCGAGCCCGUAAGAUCCAGCGUUUCCUGAGCCAGCCUUUCACAGUCGCCCAGGUUUUCACUGGUAUUGAGGGCAAGCUUGUCGACUUGAAGGAGACCAUCAGCUCUUUCAAGAAGAUCAUUGAUGGUGAGGGUGAUGAGCUCCCAGAAGGUGCUUUCUACAUGGUCGGCAGCUUCGCAGAUGCACAGGAGAAGGGCAAGAAGAUCUUGGCAGACCUCGAGAAGUCGUAGAUGGCUUGAUGUCUGUUUAGAUGAUGGAUGGUUGAGCUCUCUAGCGCUCUACUUGUACAGACUACAAGCGCCAGGAGAGCAAGAUCGUAGUAGAGUUGCUUGUAACCGUAGAUCUCGAAAGCGUUUCCUUUGUCACCUUACAAUUUGUGCCUCGCCGUGUUCGUACCCACUUAUUGGCUGCUGAUAUCAAGCUACAGGCAAGCUUCGCGAGGAGAGAGGAACUGACGAC